CUCGUGCAGCGCAGGCCUCCGCCCCGGGCUCCCGAAGCCAAGGCCUGCCUCGGGGAGCUCCGCGGAGGCCAUGGCCCUCUACGAUCUGUACUCGCACCCGGCGGAGAUCGUCUACCGCGCGGGACUGUGCUCCAAGGCCGCCAUUUUCCUGCUGCUGGUCACCAGCCUCACCUACAUCCCGCCGCUGCUCGUGGCCUUCCGGAGUCAAGGUUUUUGGUUGAAGCGCAGCAGCUAUGAAGAGCAGCCAACAGUCCGGUACCAACACGAGGUGCUGUUUGUGGCUUUGUUGGGCCCCUCCUCCUCCUCUGGAGAGUAUCUAGCCUGGAGCACAUUCCCCACUUUUAACCAGUUUCAAGGGGAUAAUCUUCGGGUGCCUCUGGUGUCGGCCAGAGAAGAAGACAAGAACCAGGAUGGGAAAAUGGAUGUGUUACAUUUCAGAUUGGAGCUUCCACUGAAGCCUACUGAGCAUGUCCUUGGGGUCCAGCUUAUUCUGACCUUUUCUUACCAGCUGACUAGGAUGUCAAGAUUUGUGAUGCAGAGCAUGGCUUUUCUCCAGUCAUCCUUCCCUAUCCCAGGUGCCCAAGUAUGUGUCAAUGGAGACCUGAGGCUGCAACAGAGGCAGCCUUUGAAAUAUCGUGGGCUAGAUAACAGAUACAAUGUAUCAGUGAUCAAUGGGACAAGCAUUUUUGCAAGUGACUAUAGAUUCAAGAAAAUUGUUGCUGCAUACCAUGAAAGGAAUGUAACCACGUUCUUGGCUGAUCCCAACCCUAUUUGGCUGGUGGGAAGGGCUGCAGAAGCACCAUUUAUAGUUAAUGCUGUCAUUCGAUAUCCUGUCGAGGUCAUUUCCUAUAUGCCGGGUUUCUGGGAGACAAUCAAGUUUGCCUGGAUCCAGUACCUCAGUAUUCUGCUUGUCUUCCUUUGGAUAUUUGAAAAAAUCAAGAUGUUUGUGUUUCAGAACCAAGUGGUGACCACAGUCCCUGUGAGAUCAAUGACCCUAGUAGAAAAUUAUAAGGAGCACUCAUCUUAAGAAGCACCCCCUCUAAAAAUGACUGGGCACAGCCAUGCCUACCUCACUGUGAGCUUUAGAAAACUGUCUGUGCAUGGCCCCUUUUUGGGAAGGAGCCCUACCACCAUUUUAUAGUAGUCACAAAUAUGAGGAAGAACCCAAUGACAUACCACUUUUGAUAUCUUGGAAAAGUGUUCCGUUUUUGAUGACCCCAAGAUCUUUCUUCUUUGGAUCUGGAGGCCACACAUUAUGCAUUUUUCCCUGUCCCAAACCGUUUCUCACCAUACGGCUGUCCUAUGAUAGGCAUGCUAAUCAUCAACACUCAUUUUCUCAUAUACAUUUGCCAUUUAGAACUUUAACUAGAAGUAGGUGUCUGUAUGUAAGAGAUUUGGCGACAGGAAUGGCACCUACCUGCCCUUGGUUCAGCAAGCAACAAAGUGCCUCUUAUCGGCUAGUCUGACUACACUUUUAUUCAUGUCCUCUUCUGUUCACUGUUCUGUCUCUCUCUGAAACUUGGGAUUGAAGACAGAUACUUCAGCCCAUCCUAUGCCGAAUCCAUAAGGUGUUGCUGUGGGGACUAGUAUUGUAACGACUGCUGCUUUUCUUUCCAGCUGAUAAUACAGCUUGCAUACUGACUGACCACCACCCAUCUCCUCUGGCCUUCCGUGAGAGGGUCUGAUCUCAAUUCAAUGUAAUGAAACAUUUAUCAAGGGCUUACUCAGCACAAGGCACAAUACAGCACGGCCCUUGCUUUCAGGGAACUUGAUAUAACUGGAGAAGGACAAGUACACAAAUAACUCUGAUUCCAGUGAGAAUAUGAUAAGUGCAUAGGAGAAGUCCAGGCAACGUGCUAGGAGAAAUUGGAGGAGGCAGAGAGAAGGGAAGCUUCCCUGAAGAAGACAGAUUCUGAGUUGGGCCUGGAAGGAAGAGGGUCUUAGAGGUGUGGGAUUUCAGGGGGAUCUUGAGAGCACAGACCGGGACACAGAAUAGGACAGAACAGCAUAAUAGAGUGGAAGGAGGGCUGGGUGGGAGUCAAAGACCUGGGUUCAAAUCUAGACUUGACUAAUCACUUAAGCUCUCUGUGCCUCAGUUUCCUCACUGAUAAAUGUGUCUCUGAGGAGAAAGUUGGACAGAUGAUCUCUAAGGUACCUUUCAGUUGUAAAUUUUUGAUCCUGUGAACCUCAGUCAAGGAGAAGCUUUUACCAGAUGCAGGCGCUCUCUGGAAUGUAGAUUCUGCUUCUCAGUGAUACAGUAAAAGACAGAAGAGUCAUUGUUGUCAGCUCUGGUUGCCCAUUGCUCAAUGACGAGAAAAAAACGAACCUUCCCUGCAACAUGUUGGCAUGGGAACAGACAAGGAGGGAGACUGGGAUAUUGGACUGGCUGCUGCCCAGUCAUCCUGAAGAGAACAGACAGACGCUUUGAAGGGUAAAGGAGUUUGCCUUGUGGCAUUGACGAGAUGUUUGGAGCUAGAAAGAUGUCCUCCACUUGUAAUCGAUGCCCCCACUGUUCCCUGAGGCGCCUGCUUCGAUGUGCUGCCUGUUCAACGCUUGACACUUUAUGGGAAAGACUAAGGGCUCUCGUUUCAGAAGCCCAUUUCUUCAGGAUUCUGACCUGGCCAAGAUGGCAGUCUGGGAAAACAAAGCUGUUUCCAUUCAUUCAAGCACAGAAACGCCUGGAAAUUUGUUCUUUUCUUCCUUCUUUUAACAUUUAGGAAUGUAAAAAUGCCUGAAUAGAUUUUCUUCACAUACAAUCUAAAAAUAACUUCUGGGAUUCAAACCAAAUAAGAAAAAAAGGCAGUAAGACAUUGGGAGAGGAAGGGGAGAGGAGGGGUGAUGGUAUUAUGAACCUUACUUAAAAUUUUGUUAAAUACAUUUAAUGCAAAAUUUGUAUGUAUGAAGAACUAUGUGAAAAUUCCUUAAUUU